AACUCAAUCGAAAAUAGACAAGUAAUAAGACUUUGACAGAUAGAUACUGGGACAGGCAAAACUAAAUAUGGACUAAAAAGUCGAUCAUGUUCUGUGAAUAGUACUUAGACUAACAAGGAAACUAAGCUUAGCAUGGUACCUAAUAUGGUGUGGUGGCAGCAGGGGGUAUAGAUCUAGAAAGCUACUUCUAACUUAAGGUAUUUCCCAUACAAUACGUGCGGAGUGAGGAGGCGAGCACUAUGCCACGGCAAUGUUGCUGAAAAUAUGCAAGUCGUGUCAGUACUGUUUGGAGUCCUGGUACUGGUCUUGUUGUGAAGAAAGAUUUUGUUUCGACAAGAAAAUAGCUAAUUACAAACUAGAAGAUGAGCCUUACGCGAACGGCCACACAAACAUGGGAGCCAGCCUGGACAGCGUGGUGACCAACCAACCGAUCAACAACAACCACCUCCCCCCCAGAACCCUGGGGAGGGAGGUCAAUGAACUGCCGAUACAUGCUGACAAACUAUACGAGGUUUUCUCUAAAUCAUUAAUAUUUAGAGACGAGCACGAACUGAAAGCAAAGAGCAGCAACAAUUCGCUCGACGACUUGGAGACGAAAUCCGAACCAGAUUAUUUGUCAGACAGACCAAACAGAACCAAGGUGUACUUUGAAGAUGAAGUCAACUCUCCUGUUACAGACUUCGAAAUUAUGUUCAAAGAUGAACUACUGGGUCAAUACGAUAUGUUCAACAUUGAGGAAGAAGAAGAAAGUGACAAAGCAAGCCAAGACACCGAAGAAGGACUUACAAUGAAUAUUGUCAAUAUUAAAAGGCAAGACGUUAUUAAGCCCACAACAGUUACAAUGAAAGAUGACUCGAAAAUAACUAUACCUGCUCCUGUUUACAAUUACGAUCCAGUUACAUCUGUUAACCUACCUUCAGUGCUAUCUUUGCCUCGAGUAGAAAGUGUUAAAGGUAUUUUAAGAAGCAACAGUGCAAAGACUUUAGAGAGAGUUGAUAGUGGUACUAGAUUAGCCAAGCCUGUGUUGAAUAGGGUUGAGAGUUUGAAAAAUAUGGAUCCCAAUAAGAUUAAUAAGGUAUUAAUGAGAGUGCCACAUAGAAGUGCAUCGUUUUUGAAUAUUCCUGCGCAUUUGUCACCUGAAAAACCGCCUCUAGUUAAAUCUAAAUCUAUGGUUGGUGUUUUAUCCGCCACAGAAGAACUUAAAUUAAGUAGUCUUCCUGACACCCCUAUUAUUAAAAGUACUAAUUUGCCAAGAUUCUUCGCUGAAAGUCCAGCUAUUCCUGAAUACAAAGGAGAUACAAGCUUACAAAGUAUUAAACAGAAAUCCACAAUGAUGUUCCAAGAAAAUGAUUUCAGUAUGCCUAGGUAUUAUGGAGCUCUAAACAAAUCAGUCGAAAGUAUUCCAGUACAUGAAAGUAAAUCUAUGCCUGAUCUUAGAAAUCCUGGAAGUUCCAAUAAAGUGAAUAAAAGAUUAGUAAAAAUUAGGAGUAAACUUAAACCUUUAGUUAUAAGAAAGAGCUCUGAAGAGAAAUUAUGAAAACAUGUUGAAAAUACUGUUUUUGAAAUAAUUGUGAUUUGCAAGAAGUAUUAUUAUAUAAAUUAUAUACAUUACAAUUAUAAUUUUAAGGAAACGUAAAAAAAACAUUAAUAUUUUUGAAAAAAAUGCAAAGAAUUUAUGUGUUAUUGAAACCAUCGUAAUUGAAAAAUAUGUAGUUAGCACAAAAUAUUAUCAACAUCUAACGUUUAACGAGAUAUUAAACAACCUUAUCUUUACUAAUCCAGAUAAUUGUCAAUGAAGUGAUGUAGACGAGCGAAUAACUUCACCGCAUCUCUAGUCAAUGAUAACUUAACCUAAUUGUAUAUAGGUAGAUUAUUUGAUCGGACAUGAUCUGUCAUUUUAAAAAGCUACUUAAAAAUAGAUAAAUACAUGAAAUUUAAUUUAAUGACACUUCUCGAAAUUUACUUAUUGUAUGUAUAAAUUGUCAAGUAGGUACUUACUUUCAUAUUUUAAUCUAAUUGUAGAUAAAGUAAUUGUUAUUGAGGUACUUACUACAAUACUUGACCAUUUUACUGCUUAAGUUUCUAGUGAUUGUAGUUUCAUGAAUUUGUUGUAUGAUGUGAGAACAAAUAUAAGUGUAUUAAUAAAUUACUGAUUUUUUCUUUCA